AUGAGAAUCAACUCUAUAAAAGCCCAAACCAAUAAAAGUAUUAGUCUCUUUACCAGACGAUGUUUUUCAUAUAGUGAAGUCCAACGGAUCAGAAAGGAUUCAUCAACUUUGCAGCAGGAUGACCAGAAUGAUUCUAAAGUUGAUCUAACAGCUGCUUUAAGAUCUGGUAGAAGACUCACAUCAAACAUAAAGAAUAUAUCUCGUGAACUUGUUGAUGAUACCAUUACGACUGUAAAGAAGGAAUAUCAUUCCGAAAUCCAAAAGACUUUAUCUACCGAUGUGCAACAAGCCAUAAAGUCACUAGAUUCCAGAUCUAAAAAGCUAGAACGCCCUAAAAGAAAAACCAAGACCAAACCGGUGAACUUGCUUUCGAAGCCCAGAUCUCAGGAUAAUGAGAAGCUUUUAUCUUGGGGGGUUUCAACUACUGCUAGUCAGCUGAGUACCACCCCUAGUGAUAACAAUGAUUCUAAUAACAGUCAAUCAACUACACAGAAUAAGAGUAGACCACCAAAGCGAUUACCUAAAUUUCCCAGAAGACUGAAAUAUUCAACAGAGUAUCUUGAAGAUGGUGCUGCAUCCGAUACCCCGAAAACAAGACGCCACAGACAACAUUUACCACCGUUGAAUAACCCCAACUCAACUCAUAUUCUUACUCGAGUUCUCUCAAAUACUGUUUCUGGAUCUAAGCUUGAACUUUUGCAUAGUCCCAAGGGAGUAGAAGUCCCUAGAUUAGCGCAUGGGUUGGAUAGAGCAUUGUUCUCCCCUGGAGUUCACUUUCUUCAAGAUCCAAGAACUCGAAUAUACAAUUUUUCACCCAAUUUAAAACAAAUCCAUGAUGUUUCCGAGUAUGAUAAAAGUCUAAUUCCAUCGUUUAUCUCUGCUUCAAAGGACACUCAUCUAUUUGAGAUAGCUCAAAAGAAUAAGAAAAGCUUUAUUUCCAGUACAUCUUCAAUGACUAAAGUAUUAACAUUGUUUUAUUUAUUCUUGAACGAUAUACUGCGGAAAGCUAUACCAAAGAAAUUUGGUUUGGAACCUCCAGAAAUGUCCAAGUUGGUUUACAAUCUGAGUGCAACUGUUUUAGUGGAACCAAAAGGAAAUAUUAACGGUGACAAUGAUGGGAAACCAACAUACUCUGUGUCGUCUGAUAAAUCGAUGGAUACUGAACUUUAUUUAUCUGCAUUGGGUCAUUGCCUUGAACUCAUGUUAACUACUGAAUAUGGGAAAGUUAAUGUUCUUGUUAAGAAUUCUCAAUCUACUAAGGAGAGUUCUACUUCUCCUUUACCUGCUGAGAAUGUUUACUCAUAUAGUACCUGUGGAGAGUUUUUAUUAAGAUCUCAAAUCGAUUGUUAUGACGAUCGGUUACCCGGUAAUGGAACAUUUGACUUGAAAACCAGAGCGGUUGGUGCCAUUAGACAUGAUUCCAAAUCCUACUCUCAUACUAGUUUUGGCAGACACUAUCAAAUUUGGCGUGAAACAGGUGAGUUUGAAUCUUUUGAAAGAGAAAAGAAAGAUUUGAUAAGAACUGGGGCAUUAUUAAAAUAUGGUUUCCAAGCCAGAAUUGGAGGUAUGGAUGGAAUUUAUGUUGCAUACCAUAAUACUCAUGAGUUUUUUGGGUUUCAAUAUAUCCCAUUAACUGAAAUAGAUCGUGUUUUUUAUGACAGACAGAUGAACUACGACGUGAAAAAGUUGAAAACCAGUUCUUUAUAUUCAUUAGAAAAUUUACUGGAGAAUUUAGCUCCAUAUGUCGCCAAAGAGCAGUUUGAGAGGUCUAUUGAUAUGUGGACGGAUCUUUUAAACCAAACUAUUCAAAAGUUACCCGAAGGUUGUGCCUUCCGGAUGACAUUCAAGUUGAAAAAAUCAAGCAGGAGUGGACCCAAUAAACUACGCAUCUUUGCCGUACCAGUUCUGAAGGACGACAUUACCCAACUAGAUCUGUUUUCUGAAUUAUUCGAAACUAGUUUUCGCUUCAAACAUACGCCUGAUGUCAUAUUUAAAGAAUUAAUGAAGCAUCGAAAUGAAUUGGAUGCAUUUAAUAAGAAAUUGAUUUCCGAAAAGGAAAUUGCAGUAUUUGAUUUGGAUUUGUUCCAUCCUCAGAACUCAGAAUAUGAUGUUAAUGAAGAAUUCAAGCUAUACCCUAAACAUAUUAAAGACUCUUGGAAAACAAAGUAUCGGAUUACGCAACUUCAUGACAAAGAUGCAAAUACUGAUGAAUAUUGUAAGAUUAUGGCCAAUGAAAGUAAGUUUUUGGUUGAAGGAUUUAUUCUAUCAAUGGCCGUACCUGCUAACUUAAAGACUACACUUAACGAAAUGUUACAGAAGGGAGAAGUUGGUGAUCUAAAUGCUAUUGAUUUUGAAGCUGAUAUCAAUGGAUCUGGUAGCAUCUCUACAGGAUACCGUAAGUAUUCUGAUAUUGGAGAGAAGCGUAAGAAGGAAUGGCGCCAUCGGGAUUUUGUUGAUCCCAAAAUAUACAAACAGAGUUAG